AUGACAAGAGAAAAACAGAAGCAGGAGAAGAAGAAUGGCAGCCUCCAUGAAGUAGAAGCAGCGUGUUCUCUGAGGAAAGCAGUGAGGAACAAUGUUCUCCUCAGAGAGAAGUUUUGGUUCUCCGCGCCGAUUCUUCAGUGGGGGGGGACGUUCUCCAAACCUGCGUGGGAACGUCUGAAGAACCGAGAUCCUCCAUACGGCUGGAGGGGGCUGCCUGCCGACGUUGUCAGGGCGACCCUGUCGCUGCUCCCCAGCUCCCGUCUGUUUGAGCGCGCCUCGCCGGCCCGGUGUGUUCGCUGUGCCGUGGUGGGAAACGGAGGAAUCCUCCGAGGAUCCCGACAGGGGAGGAACAUCGACAGCCACGACUUGGUCUUCAGGAUGAACGGAGCCGUGAUCCGAGGUUUUGAAGAAGACGUGGGGACGAAGAUUUCCUUCUACGGUUUCACCACCAACACCAUGAAGAACGCCCUCAGCUUGUACCGAACCCUCGGCUUCACCAGAGUCCCUCAGGGUGCGGAGAUAAAAUACGUCUUCAUCCCGUCAAACCUGCGAGAUUACGUGAUGUUGGCGGCGGCUGUUCAGGGUCGGACAGUCGCCACGGGAACAGACAAGGGGGACAGGCCCUGGAAGUAUUUCGGUCACAAGCCUCCUGAGAACUUCAAGAUUCUCCACCCAGCUUUCAUUUCCUACGUGACUCACAGUUUCCUGUCGUCUCCACUGCUGACCGACGCCAGGACUCGUCACCUGUACAUGCCGAGCACCGGGGCUCUGAUGCUGCUCACCGCCCUACACACCUGUGACCAGGUGUCUGCCUACGGCUUCAUCACCAGGAACUUUGCAUCCUUCUCCGAUCAUUACUACGACUCGGCCAUCAGGCCGCUGCGCUUCUUCGCCAACCACGACCUGCGGAUGGAGAGCCGGCUGUGGGAGGAGCUGCACCGCCGGGGGGUCAUCCAGCUGUACCAACGGGGUGGGGGUGGCAGCUAG